GGGCUCCAACCGUCUCUUCUCCGCCCCCAGCACGCCGGCCGCCGCCGGGACCGCCCAGGGCGCGGGCCCCGAGGGUGGAGCGCACCGGCUCGGGCCCGCCGGCCUCGCCCCGGACACUCGGGCCCUCGGUCCCUUCCCGCCAUGGCGCGGGUGCUCAUCGUGGGCGCCGGGCUGACGGGCAGCCUGUGCGCUGCGCUGCUGAGCAGGGAGACGGGCCGGCCUUUGCACCUCGCCGUGUGGGACAAGGCGGGGGAGUGUGGCGGAAGAAUGUCUACUGCCCACAGUCCUCAUAAUCCACAGUGCACGGCUGACUUGGGCGCUCAGUACAUCACCUGCACGCCACACUAUGCCAAAAAGCACCAGAGUUUUUAUGAUGAACUGUUAGGUCGUGGCAUUUUGAAGCCGUUGACUGCUCCUAUAGAAGGAAUGGUGGUGAAAGAAGGAGACUUCAACUUUGUGGCACCUGAAGGGAUUUCUUCAGUUGUUAAGCAUUACUUGAAAGAAUCAGGUGCAGAAGUCCACUUCAGCCACUGUGUGACCCAGAUCAGCAGGAGGGAUGACAAGUGGGAAGUCUCCAGGGAAACAGGCUCCCCUGAGUGGUUUGACGUCGUCGUCCUCACGAUGCCGGUCCCUCAGAUCCUGCAGCUCCGGGGUGACGUCAUGAACCUAAUUAGUGAAUGCCAGAGACAACAACUAGAGUCUGUGAGCUACUCCUCCCGCUACGCUCUGGGCCUCUUUUAUGAAGCUGGCACGAAGACUGAUGUCCCAUGGGCUGGGAAGUACAUCACCAGUAAUCCCUGCAUACGCUUUGUCUCCAUUGAUAAUAAGAAGCGCAAUAUAGAGUCUUCAGAAAUUGGACCUUCCAUUGUAGUUCACACCACUGUUCCAUUUGGACUUGCAUACUUGGAACACAGCAUGGAAGAAGUACAGGAGUUAAUAAUGCAGCAACUGGAACACAUCUUGCCAGGUUUGCCUAAGCCAAUUGCUACCCAGUGCCAGAAAUGGACAUACUCACAGGUUACAAAUGCUGCUGCCAAUUCCACUGGCCAAAUGAUUCUUCAUCUCAAACCUCUCCUCGUGUGUGGAGGGGAUGGAUUUACUCAUUCCAACUUUGAUGGCUGUAUCACAUCUGCCCUUUGUGUUCUACAAGCUUUGAAAAAUUAUAUCUAGUACUCUUGUCUUUUUUCUCCACAUCCACUUUGGGUUUUUGUUAUCGUAGUUUUCUUUCAUUGAUUACUGAU